GAUACGCUUAUCUUUCGGUCUGCUCGAGUUAAGCAAUUAACCGUUGACCGUUGAACAUGUGCUUCAUUAUAUUGCAUUAAAUACGGCUUUGUGUUUGUUGAUCAACGAAUAUACAUGUAUUGUCGAUCUAAACAUUCGCGUGAGAUAUAAGUUCUAAAAUGUAUCAGUAGAAAGUGUACACUAAACUUCAUUGUUCCGGGAUGCACAAUUGUUUAAUAGAAAAUGCAUUGGAGCAUUAUACAUUGUGUACUACAAACAUGUUUUAUAACCGGCGAGGUGAUUCCGCGUGACGUGCUCGUCUAAAUAUUAAAGCGCACUGUGCAAUCGCGUUACGUGCUAAACUCAAUAAAAGAAACGGAAUCAAUAUGGCGGAAUAUGGACCAUCCAACGCGGAAGCAAUGGACAACAUUGACCUGGACUUGUCUAAACAACUCUCCACAAUGCUUGAGGAUGAAGGAAUUACAGAUGAAAUCGUGAUGGCAAGGCGCAUUACAUUCCUGAUGAUAGAGACUGGUUUAACAAUGAUGGGUAAACUAAGCAAUAUAUCAAUCGAGCAUUUCUUUUUUGGCAGCCAGUCGGAAGGAGCGACAACGGUUGGACUACGGUCUGACGUAGACAUGUUACGGCGUAUACCUUGUCUUAAUAUAAUGCGAGGGGAUUUGAAAACCUGGAAAAAAGGAAUGCUGAAUUGUAUGAUGCUUGGAAUUAAGGAUUAUCCACAACAUUUUAAUAUGCAGGUUUUUAGAAGCGAUAGGCCCGAACCAUUGAAAUCAAAAACAACUUUUUGCAAUGGCAUGCUCUUAAGUCAUGGUAUAGAAUGCGUAAUGUUUAGUUCUGAAUUUUUUCGGAAACAUUCCGAAAUGUUUCUUAAACCUUUAAGCAACGAUCAAUCUAUCUAUACCGCUGGACCUUCUGCUAGUUUUAGCGACGAUAUAGAUAUUGUACACGCACUGUGCGUGUCAGGUGACAUUCCUGAACUGCAGACGUGGCUAGACAGGCCCCGACAGGGUAAUUGGCCAACUCCAAAAUUGUUUGAGGAAGCGAAAAAUUGCGCGUGGUUCCUUGUACCGGUAGGAGAGUCAUCCUCGCAAGAAAGACACACAGAAUGGAGAUUAUCGCCGAAUCUUAUUGAAAGGAAACUAAUGUUCAGUUUAAAUAUUACCCAGCUGAAAUGUUAUGUAUUGCUGAAACAACUCAAACGCGCUAUUACAAGAGAAAUUAAACAUGGCGAACUUACGAGUUUUCACUGCAAAACAGUGUUGUUUUAUACACUUGAAAGAACGCAAAAUACCCCUUGGCAAGAGUGUUACUUAGCAAUGUUAUUGAAACUUUGUCUUCAAACGCUACAAACAUUUCUUAAAGAUGGCGUAUGUCCUCAUUAUAUCAUUGACCGUGUUAAUCUGUUUGACGGUAAACUAAAUAGUACACAACGUCACAUAGUACAUAACGAGGUGACGGUACUCAUAGAUAACUUGCAGGGGUUUGUGAGCAACCUUGGCAACGCAACACGAUUGUCCACUGACCAGCGUUUCAUUUCUCAUGUAUGUAUUCGCAGUAAACUCGCAUUUGAAAGGAUACAGUGGUUCCAUAUUCUUAUUCUUGAUUUCCAUGGCUUCAUCAAUAAACCAAUCGAUGUUGUUGGGGAUCAGCUUAACACACUGAUUGACAAAUGUAAAGAAAUAAUAAACUUUCACAACGCGAAUGCAUUUGAAAUACAAGCAGCUAGAGAAAUAUUGACAACUGUUAUGUCUUUUCGAGGCUCUAUUCAAGCGGCUUCAGCGAUUCAAAGCGGUGGCUCGAUUAACCAAGAUGUCAUGGACAGUUUCAAGGAAUCGGUAAAAGUCGGUGAUGUCGCAAAUCAAGUUAAUAUUUUAUCAGAAAUUCUUAGCUAUGGCAAUCUUGCUUCGGAAAUAAAGGAUUCUUCAAUUAACACACAUGCAAGUGAAACCUUUGAAAAGGCACUCGAGACAAAUGGAUUCUCAAGUCGACUGAAAUUAGCAUCUGUCAUGUAUUGCUCUGGAAACUUGCAGUCGGCAAAAUUUAUUCUUGAAUAUGCAGAACGUCAAUUUUACCGGUACACUAUGAAGACCUUAUGUCGGUGUUUCAGUUAUUAUAAUCGGUACAUAGACCCCCGAAAAAUGUUUGAAAAUAAACCAAAUCCUAAGACUGAAAGCAAAAUUGCAUUAUGCAUAAUUUUUCUGUCUAAUGAGGCACCGUGCGUUCCCCCUAUGCUUUUGUAUGAAAUGACCAAAACAAGAUUUUCACCUGAUUACCAAGAGAAAAUGAGUAUGAAAUUAGAAUUGCAUGGUGAGGCUAGAGUGGAUUAUCGCGUGUUCAUGUAUUACCUGCAAUACCUCACGUACGGAGGUCUUGGCAUUCGGGAAAAACAAAGCGUUGUCUUGACAAAAUUCGAAGACUACAUUUCAACGCAUAUUGAUGAUCGCAUCUUGGAUCUCCAUUACGAUCAUGGUCGUAACCGCGAGAUAUCCCAUAUGGCGACUGCAUUAAAUCUGCUCGGCCACUGCUGGGAGAUGGAAGGGGAUCUGAGCAAAGCAGAGAGAAAAUAUGAGCUAUCUCGAGAUAGCAAGCCAAACAACAAUCCGGCUAACUGGCACAUUGGGAGACUUUCACCAGAUCAAUAUAUAUAGUUGCAACCGGCUGAUAUUUAUAUGCAAUGACACUCGGCUUAUGAACUGAUGAAAACGUUGAUUAGGACUUACUUGAAACACAAUGUCAAAUAUAAAUAACAUUCACUUAUAAUAUAAAUAACAUUCACUUAUAUUUGUAAACUAAUUAAUAUAUUUGGAUUUAUUACAUAUCGGAACAAUCAAACUUUAAGCGCAUUUUUUAUGAUUUACUGGUAUUAGAAAGCCCUUAAUACAUCGCUUGUGCUUACAUUAUUUGUACAUAUUCAUUCUCAUUUUCAAAACUAGCAUUAUUGCUAUAACAGCUCUUAUAGACAGUAUUGGACAAGAAAUUCAACUUCACAACAUGUACAAUUGUUUCACACUUGGACUCAAUGAAAAUUUUAUAUACAUAUACAUUAUUUUUUAUGCGGUUUAACUUGCACUAUUUCUCGUUCUCUUUUUCAAAAUUAGCAUUAAUUUUAUUAAAAGCUCUUAUAGGAAUUGAUGUACAGAAUCAAAAACUUCAAAUAUAAUAUUUAAUAUCGCUCAUUUCUUUUGUACAAUUUGUUCACCAUCGGACUCUGUACAACCGUAAAAUCCAGCAGAUCAUACGUUGAAAUAGCGAUUGUUUUUACUUAUAAUUGCCGUAUUAUUGUUGUAUAAUGUUAUGAUUUAAUCACAACCCUUUUUUAUAAACAAAGUGUUUUUACAGUAGAUGAUAUCUAACCUAAUUGUGUCCACAAAUGUAGAUAUAAAUGUAUGGACACAUUCAGAUUAGUUUGGCCCAUACUUGCUCCGCUUUUAAACAAUGUUCAUCUUUGUUGAUAGAUGCUUCUUACAGAAAUAAAAUAAACUGAUAAGCAACACACAUUUUACUGGAAACUUAUAUUUCUGCAGGUUAUAUAAAAAGUAUAGCUUUUAAAACAAAUGUUUCUAUAACCUUAUCUUGGUAUGAAAACGCUCAGACUAAAAUCAUAUUUUAGUGGCGUUUUGUCGGUUUGUUAAGUUUAUAUUACUUGAUUCAAAUGUUAAAAAACAAUAUGCAUGUCAACUUAUUGAUUAUACAGACGUGUAUUUGCAUACAUUCAUUUGACUUGUAAUAAAACAAGUAAGAGUAUAAUAAUGGCAAACUAAAAAAUAGUCUUGACAAAAUUCAAUCGAUUUACGUUAAAUACAUGUAUACAUAUUGGUCCUAUUGUAUAAGUAGUGUCCUAGUCGGAUCAUUCUUGUCAUAACCUAAUGGUUGAUAAAAUAAAAACUGUAUAAUAUUGACUUUAAUAUUCUAUAUGGUCCACCUACGGAUUGAUGAUUUAUAUAGUAAAUGUAUAAGUAUAUACAACGGAUUAUUUACUAAACGUGCUUGUAGUAUAUUUAUGCAGUUUUGAAAUUGUGAAAUGGCGUUUGACUGUAUAUAUUUAUAUACUGCUAAAUGUUGUUUUUACCUACUCAAUUGUAAUAUGGUAAAUGUUUUUUUAACAGAAAUUUGAUUUGGCUAUGAUGACACAUAUACUAAAACUGUUUUUAUCUUAAGAUCAUUAAGAAAAAAGUUGACGAUUGGGAUGCAUUUUAUGUGAAAAUUGAUAUUUGUAGUACAAUUAAUAUAAAAUUAAAAACAUCGCUGUUUAUUUUUUUGUCGAUAAUGCCAGAAAAGGUGAUUUCUUUGUUAGAUUUUAUUUCAAUAUUUACUUCUUUAAAAAAGGUUUGCAGGUUCGUCAAUAAUUCUCGAAUGUAAGCGCAUUCCCAAAACAAGUGGUCAAUUGUUUCAAUAUUUGAUUGGCAAAACUCGCUCAAACUACACUCUUUCAGUCCGCAUUUUGUUCAAAAUUUAUUUUUGGUACUAUUCGAGAUAAGAACUUAUAUUGAAUAUUAAGCAGAUAUGUAUCAACUGUUGAUUAAAUAGAAUUGUAUAUAUUAUUCUCCAGUCAGUAUUUUCGUUUAUAUUGAAUGGUGUUUUUUCCAUUUCAUUUCAGUAUUGUAGUCAAUUAUAUUUUGUGAUUCUUGUUGUAUACUAUAAAGUGUUUUGUUUAUUUAUUGAUAUUCUCAAUAACAUCCAAAAAGUUUUUUCUGUCACUAUUAAUGUAUAAAUGCGUAUGCAAUAUUGUUUUAUAUUCAUUUGGAGUCGCGGAUAAAAGUGAAUACUAAUUUAAAAAUAUGUGGUUGUAUGUUAUAUAAGAAUUGCAUUUCACUAAACGUAUUAUAUGCACUUCUUUGAUAAUCGUACAAAUGUCCCAAUGUUUGUAUACCAUUGUCAUACCAGUUCACUAGAAGGAUGGAUUUGCUAUUGAUUUUUUUUAUCUUUGUUGUUCCUUAAAACAUGAUGACAUAUAGAAAUACUUCUUUUUUGAACUUUUUUAUUGGUUUGUGAUGUUUUGCUAUGCGGUUAGCAGAACUUUCAAGAAUAAAUUUUCCUUACUUACGUUUUUUUAAAAUUAAAGUUGCAACUAAGUAACAUUCAAAUAUGAGACGUGUUCCAUUUUAGCUCGACUUUUCGAAGAAACAUGAGAGCUAUACUACUCGCCCCGGCGUCGGCGUCGGCGUCGGCGUUGGUUAAAGUUUUUUAUAAAGUCAAAUAAAUUAAACAGUAUCAAAGAUAAUUAACUCAAACUUGGGAUACUUCUUUAUGGUAACAAGAUAAUGGUGUAAGUCAAGGUGCAUAACUCUGUCAGCAUUACUUUUAGAGUAAUGCCCAUUUUUAACUUAUCAUUUCGGGUUAAAUGUUUUUAUAAGUUCAAUAAUUUGAAUACUAUCAAAGAUAAUCAAUUCAUACUUGGACUACUUCCUUAUGGGGACAAGGCACUUGUUAAGGUCUUGCUGGAUAACUCUGUCAACACCAUUCUUCAAGUUAUGCCCCUUUUUAACUUAAAAUAUGUUGUUAAAUUUCUAAAACUUAAAUACUAUCAAAGAUAUUUAACUCAAACUUGUAUUACUUCUUUAUGGCGACAAGACAAUUGUGUAUGUGAAGGUGCAUAACUCUGUCAGCAUUAUUUUUAGAGAAAUGCCUCUUUUUAGCUCGACUAUUAUAUAUGAAAUAUAUAUAGUUGAGCUAUCCUACUCACCCCGGCGUGAGCGUUGGAAUGUUUAAGUUUGCAUACAACCUCAAAUAUUGUCAAUGUCCCUUGACAUAUUGCUUUUAUAUUUUGUAUACUUCUUUACCAACAUGACCCCAAUCAAUCAACGAGAGCAGACAACUGUUUCAAGCAUUUUGUAAGAAUAAUGGCCCCUUUGUCACUUAGAAUAUGCAUAUUAUUGAUAAAUCUAUGUUAAAGUUUGCGUACCACCUCAAAUAUUUUCUAUGUCUCUAGACAUAUUGCUUUAAUAUUUCGCAUACUUCUUUACCAACAAGACCCCAAUCUAUAUACAAGAGCAGACAACAGUAUCAAGCAUUUUGUAAGAAUUAUGGCUCUUUUCCACUUAGAAUAUGCAUAUUAUUGAUUAAUCUAUGUUAAAGUUUGCGUACCACCUUAAAUAUUUUCUACGUCCAUUGAUAUAUUGUUUUCAUAUUUUCCAUUCUUCUUUACCAACAUGACACCAAUCUAUAACAAGAGCAGACAACUGUAUCAAGCAUUUUGUAAGAAUUAUGUUCCCUUUUAAUACUUAUAAAAUUGAAAAUUUGGUUAAGUUUUGUGUUUAGGUCCACUUUUUUCCUAAAGUAUCAUAGCUAUUGCUUUUAGAAUUGGAACACUCGCUUACUUUCAUAAGGGGACUAUACAGGAAAAGUUGCAUAACU